UCUGGAGCAGGGCCCAGUCGUCUGAUUUAGUCCAUGGUGGUUGUGUUUGUUUUUCUGGUGUUUUAUCUUCCUUCUGCCCAUCGAGGUCAAAGCAGAAUAACCCAGAGUCUGACUGUAAACACACCCGAGCGAACACGUUCAACCCCCCGCUAUAAAAAGUGCAUCCACACAGCGGGCUGCUGGAGUCAUGACGGAGAGCGGAGGGGCUCUGCAGCGCCUGAGGAGGUGUUGGUUCCCCUGUUGUGCGCCGUCCUGGACUAAUACUCAGUGCAGUCAAGACGAAGCCAUGACGGCCUUCAAAGGCAUCUGGACUCAGGGAUUCUGGCGCUGUGUGGGAGCAGAGUUCUUCGCCAUGCUCCUCUUCAUCCUGCUCAGCCUGGGUUCCACCAUCAGCUGGGGCUCUGUCGCAGAGGUGCCCCAGGCCCCAGACCUGGUGCUCAUCUCCCUGUGCUUCGGUCUGGGCAUCGCCACCAUGGUGCAGUGCUUUGGACACAUCAGUGGAGCUCAUAUUAACCCUGCAGUCACAGCAGCCAUGGUGGUGACCAGGAAGCUCAGUUUGGCCAAAGCUGUGUUUUACCUGCUGGCCCAGUGUGUGGGAGCCAUAGUGGGGGCUGCAAUCCUGUACGGGGUCACCCCAGCCUCUGUUAGGGGUGCCCUCGGGGUCACCACAGUGAAUACCAGCGUCUCUGUGGGUAAAGCUCUGGUUGUGGAGCUCUUCAUCACCUUCCAGCUCAUCUUCACUGUGUUUGCUACUUGUGAUCACAAACGUGGUGACCUGAAGGGUUCAUCUGGUCUGGCUAUCGGCCUGUCUGUGUGCAUCGGCCACAUGUUUGCUAUUCCCUACACUGGAGCCAGUAUGAACCCUGCCAGAUCCUUCGGCCCAGCUGUGGUCACAUGGUCCUGGGAAAACCACUGGGUGUACUGGGUGGGUCCAGUCCUGGGUGGGACUCUGGCUGCAGCCCUGUACGAGUACCUCUUCUGUCCAGACCCUGAGCUGAAGAGACGCUACUCCGAGGCCUUCAUCAAAACACCGCUGGUUCCCACAAAGCACCGGCAGGACUCGGUCACCGCCCAGGAGCCUCUGUUCACUGUCAUGGAUGUGGAGUCAGCGGAAAGAAAGGAGAGAGAGAGAGAGAGGGAGAGGGAGGUGUCGGGGGAGGUGCUGUCUUCUGUAUGACUAGAGAGGAAGCAAAGCACCAACGCCCAGACUGAUGAGCCACAGUCCGGUCUGAAGGAGACUGACCUCCUGUAAGUCACACACUGGAAGGACAAUACAAGCACAUGUGCAAGUUUCAUUAGGAUUCAGACCAGGGGUGUCAGACUCAGUAUAGGUCAGGGGCCACAUACACCCCAGUGUGAUCUCAAGUGGAUCGGACCUAUAAAGUAAUAACAUUAUAACCUAUAAAGAGUUACAGUUUGUUUUGCUGUUGUUCUUAAAGUGC